GGUUAUUCCAACGUGGAUUUUAGCGCGACGGCGACGACGACGACGCGUUUGGUAACACUCGCGUCUUCUUUCGUUUGCAGCGAAAGAAUAAUAUGGCGUGCGCGGCGGUGCUGCCCGCGGAUCCGGACCCGCGCGGGGACUUCCCGGCGUGGCUGGCGACGCGCGGCAUGAAGCCCACGUUCACCGACGCCAUGGAGCGCGAGCUGGGCAUCAGCGACUACGAGGAGCUGCUGGCGUGCGCCGAGGACGCGCAGGUGACGGCCGAGCUGCUGGGCGCCGCCCGCGACCGCCUGCCCUUCGCCUUCUACGCCGUGCUGCGCCGUCUCGUCAGGGCCGUGAGCCCCCCUGGCGGCGCCGAGGGCCACGGCACGCCGGCGACGGCGGCGGCGCGGCAGCAGCAGCCGGAGUUGGCGCCGCUGCUCGACGCAAUCGUGGCGACGCUCGACCGGCUCGGCAAGGAGCUGCUCCGCUCGGCGGAGAAGUUUGUCUCCCUCGAGUCGGUGCUGUGCCCGCGCUCGCCCGCCAACAUGUGCCACUCGGACGGCGGCGACGAGCCGGCGCGCUACGCGGGAGACUCGGCGCCGCCGGGCGAAGGUCGCGACUUGGCGGAGGGCGACUUGGCGGAGGGCGUCGCCGCUGGACGACCGCUCAAGGUGGAGCCUGCCGAGGACGAGGAGCUCUAUGACGAGCAGGUGGACACCGCCAUCCCCUCGGAGAACAACUGUGACGUGGCACGCGAGGAGGAGGAGCAUGCGACCACCCUUCAGCAGCACGAGCACACCGGCGCUGUCGGCCGUGCCGAAGCGUACUCCUCCGAGGACGCCGACCUCCACCCGCACCCCAUGCACACGUGGGACGAGCAGGAGGCACGGCUGCAGCGUCUCGCCGACUGGACCCGCUCGGACAAAAUCUUCUACAGCAUCGGCGGCGUGCGAGCCUUCCACGGCCGCCCCUUCGCACCGGCGCCACCGCCGCCGCCACCGCCGCCGCCUCCGCCGACGAUGGCUAUGGCCAACACCACCAACAGCCCGCGACGGCGGCCAUUGCACUCGCCGGGGGAAGUCGGCGGAGCGGCGUCGGACGCGGCGGCGGUGGCGGCGGUGAUGGCCGGCUCGUCGUCCCGGCUGCACCGGUGCGACUUCUGCGGACGCGACUUCAAGACGCGGCAGUACCUGUGCAAGCACCGGCGCACGCACACGGGCGAGAAGCCGCACAACUGCGAGGUGUGCGGCAAGGCCUUCUCGGACCUCAGCAACCUGGUGCGGCACCGCAGCAUGCACACGGGGCAGAAGCCCUUCGAGUGCGAGCUGUGCGGCCUCGCCUUUCGCCUCAAGCACCACCUCACCGACCACCGGCGCACGCACUGGCGCAAGGUGGCGGCCACGCUCGGGUUCACGCCCGGCGCGAGGGGCCGCGGCCGCGGCGGCCGCGGGGGCGGCGGCGGCGGCGACUGACAGUGAGAAGAUUGGCGGCGGGGCGGAGACGUGCGGGAAGUGUGGGGACGUAGGGACGUACGUGGAGAUACGAGGGAGAUGUGGAAACACGGGCCGUGUGGAAUCUUGGGCCGUGUAACCCAGUUCCAGAAUCCAGGCUGCACCCGGGGCCAAGGCUCCACGGGGGCAUCGCCCGUCUCGUUUGCUACUGCAUGGCGUAUCCGUGAACGAUUGGAGUCGCAUGCACAGUGUUGCAGUGGGAAUGUACACUUGCUUAUGUAUGCGCGUGUGUUCUGAGUGCGCGUGGGGAGCGGUAGUGUAGCGGGUAGUGCACAUCGCUACUAACCUGGCAGCCUCGAGUUAAAUUCGCGGCCGCGGUCAAACGCCACGUUCUUGGGACCGUGCUCGGCAUGGCGACGCCAUCUGGACAGGGGCGCCUGGCGACGUCUCGUGGGGACCGCUACUCUCCGGCCAGGGGCAAGCGACUGGUGAUGAUGAUCAUGAGUUAACACUGGUGGAAAGUGAUACCUGCACUGGUUCUUGGCUUCCCAUAGAUCAACUCUGCAUUCAGUGAGCACUUAGGAGACAAAGGCGGCCAGGCGUUGGUUCUGGGCACACAUCGCCGCACCUUGCGCCAUGAUAGAGCUUAUUCGGUGCUUGCAUUACCGCACUUCCUCCAACAGUCGACAGGGCUCUUUGUGAGUGUGUGGGUUUGUGGGUGUUACACUGGCACGUGUUUGCUACUUGGCCAAAACAAGCCGUGUGAAAAUAUCUUGAAAGCAAGAGGCAUUUGUCCCCAUUAAAAGAAGGUGUGACAUCUUCUUGGUUCUUUAGGUAAAGUCACGUAGAAUGGAAAUAAUAAAAUAAUAAAAAUAAAACUCUUAAAUAAUUCUCACGACGUUUCGGCCACAACGCAAGCAGCUACGUGACUUUACCGAAAGAACCAAGAAGAUGAAUCCCUGCAGUCACGAAAGCUUUAAAUCGAAAUUUAAGGUGUGACAUUUCUAGGUAAAUAUUUAAAUAACUUGUCAUUAUUUCAAUGAUUGUUAUUAUUUGGAGAAAUAGUGAUUUAAUUUGUUUUAUCCAGGAAGGUGUCACAAAGUCUUAAUAAUUAUGUAUUUGAUAUCUUGCAUGGGAUGUUUGCCCAGUUAGUGUUUUGAGUGUUUUCAUGUUUGCAUGUGGAAGGAAUAUACAGGGCUCAGAGAAAACUCACUGCGCAUACGAAUGGAGAUAUGCUCACCAAACUCCCCCAACACGGUCAGCUUUGUCACACUGCCAUUUGCUCUACUACCUCUUUUUGCUGUUGUCAUUUUCACGAAAACGUUAUCCCAAUUGUGCUAUCGUUAUCUUAAAGGCUACUGACAGAUCGUUCGCAGAGCGCGAAGUGGAGUAUGUUCCACACAUUCUUAUCUCCAGUGGUAGCCAAUGUUUUCAUGGAAAAAUUUGAGACAGAUGCCAUCCAGACAUCCAUCCUACGUCCUUCCUUGUGGAAGAGAUACGUGGAUGACACGUUCGUCAUCUGGCCACAUGGCCUACCAGCUCUGAUUCUUCAACCACAUUAAUUCCAAAGACCCAGCCAUCAAAAUCACCAUGGAGGUGGAAAAGGAUGGCAAGUUGCCAUUUUUGGAUGUUUUCAUCGAAAAGAGACCAGAUGGCUCGUUGGGACACACUGUCUACAGGAAAGCCACCCACACGGAUGCAUAUCUAAAACCUGACUCCCACCACCAUCCAGCCCAGAAGAAUCAUCUCAUCAAAACUCUACACCACAGGGCUCGUUGCAUAUCCGACCAUCACCACCUAGCCAGUGAACUGGAGCACGUACACCAAGCCCUCAAGAAGAAUGUAUAUUCAGACUACACAAUCCGUAAAACUGCACACCCCAACCGUUGGGAGAGAACCACCUGAGGACCAAAUCAAAACCAUCACCUUGCCAUACAUAGCAGGGGUCACCAAAAAGAUUUCCAAAAUCAUGAGCAAACACAAGAUCCAGGUUCGAUUCAACACAGUAUAUAAAAUUCGUGAUCUGAUCCCAUCUGUGAAGGAUGCGAUCCCUGACAUGCAAUACCCCGGCAUCUACAAACUAAACUGUGUCUGCGGCAGUCGUUACAUUGGGGAAACUACGCGACAUGUCUCAGACCGUGUUUGCGAACACAAGGCUGAUCUGAAACACGGUAGGACCAACACCUCUGCCGUGGCUGAUCAUUGUUUUAACGCUGUGAGCACACAUGAAAUAGAUUUCUCCACGACGAAGGUACUCUGCAAACCCACUGGCUAUCAGCAAAGAUUUGUUCAUGAAGCCAUCCAGAUAUAUAAACACAGACACAAUUUCAACCAAGAAGAUGGGUAGAAACUGAGCAAUCAUUGGAAGGACAUUAUUAUCCAGGUAAAGUCAUAACUGGCUGUGAUGCUUCCAUCCUACCUGCCUAUGUUAGCAGUUAUUUCCGACAGUUACAUUACCUUGUUAAAUGUCUUUACAUUAACAGGCUAAAUGUCUCGCUAGCAUAGCUGCUGCUCCCUUUUCCUAGAUGCCGCUGUGGUGCUCGUUUAAAAAUUCCAUCUCUAGCCCCACCCACUUACCCUUGGGUUGUACCCAUCUAAAACCUUUAUAACCUUUGGCUGCAGUAGCUCUCUCGCUAUAUGUAUUCCUGCCUCAGCAGUCCGCCUGCUGUAUUUUUUCACCUGUAGACGGAUUUCGUGUGUUGCGAUCGAAACGUCGUGAUUUUAUUUUUCUAUCUACGUGACUUUACAGAAAGACCCAAAGAGUAUACAUUCUAGAUCGCAGCACUUGCCCACCUGCUUUGCGUAUGAGUGUGAAGUUCGUUGCAUGACAGUCAAACCGAUAUUUAAAUUCCCAGAGGUGGAAUUUAGCUAAACUAGCGCAGGCAAUAGUGACCUGGGCUGAGACCAUCAACGCAAUUGUUGUGCCUGGAUUCGAACCAAGGGCCUCAGCGUUGCCAGCUCAAUGCUCCGACCUCUGAUCCUGCGUGAGUGCCGCUUAUAGGCAUCGCUUCACUGGCCCCGACGGUCGGUGUUAAUGUGAGGUACAGGAGCUCACUACCGCGGUGUGUGUGUGCGCGCGCGUGCAAAUGGUAUUGCAAAUGCGCACGUCCGGCGUAUUAGUACAAGCAUCUUGUGUGUCACCGUGUCCUCGAUCUAACGUGAGUCGAUAUUGCACGCUCUGCACAUAAUCGUUUUAUAUGCGUGCCCCUAAACAUUUUCGAGAAUCGGCAAAAAAAUGUUAAAUCUCGCUCGCCCAAACUCUGUGAAGAGCGGGCAAUCUGAUCAUGACAUUGCCGUUGGCACUUUGCACGGUGGCCCAACAGUUAGCAUACGCAUAACCUGUUAUCGGUAAUUACUAUCUUGACACAUUACUUCUGGGCCACCGUCUAUAUUAGUGCUCAGUCGAUGAUCAAUAAAGUAUCCUUUGUAUGCUGGAAGCUCGUGGCAGGACGAAUGAUGGCAUUGUUGUUACCGUUGGUUGUCGAUGACGUUGUAAACUCCGUUGUCCCAGCGCUGAGAACACUGCUUGAGCCUCACGCAAAUUACUUGGGAAUUGUGUAAAAAAAACUCUUUUAUUGAUCGAUUAAUCUAAACGGUAGUUAAGAUUAUUUUAACGGCUGAUAGUUGUUGGUUUCAUAUGCGUACGCUCGUAACACGCAUUACACACUUGUUCGAAUCAUCCCCACGAGUGGACGCACUUAAUCUGCUGUUCCGUGAGUGACCGUUCGCUCGUUCCUAACCACGUCGCCGCGGGGUGUUUUAGACGUGAUCGUUUUCGUGCGAGCGAGACCUAUGGCUGGUUGCGUAAAAGCACCUUCAAGGGAGACCCACCGACAGCACAACUACGUCUUGUAGCUCUUGUAGCUAUAACUCGACGCUGCUCGUCGUGGGCUGUCCAACAAAAGAAAAAACUAUAUAUUCUUAGGUUUUUUCGGUAAAGUCA